UAAGGAAGUACAAGUAGACAAGGCAGUAGUAAUACCGAAAGGCGAAAAGUAAUGUUGAGAACAUUUUCAAAAAGCUUAUUUAGCAGCAGCCACCGUCUAUUCAACUUGAAACCCUUCCCAAACCCUAGAAUAAUAACAAGAAAUAUCAUAUCACACAUGACAACUGCUGCUGCUGCCAUUAACAUUAAGCGAGUCGGCACUCACAAUGGAAGUUUCCACUGCGACGAAGCCUUGGGCUGCUUCAUGAUUCGCCUUACUCAAAAGUUUUCCGAUGCUCACAUCGUCCGUACGCGUGACCCCCAGGUAUUGGAAAGUCUUGAUGCUGUUCUUGAUGUUGGUGGUGUUUAUGAUCCCAUCAAAGACCGUUACGACCAUCAUCAAAAGGGUUUUGAAGAGGUUUUAGGUCACGGGUUUAAUACUAAGCUCAGUAGUGCUGGUCUUGUUUACAAGCAUUUUGGGAAGGAAAUAAUUGCAAAGGAGCUUCAAGUUGACGAAGACCAUCCCGAUGUGUUUCGGUUGUUUCUAGCAGUUUACAAGAGCUUCAUGGAGGCGAUUGAUGCAAUUGAUAAUGGGAUAAAUCAGUAUGAUACAGAGCAGCCACCGAGAUACGUGAAUAAUACACACUUAUCUUCAAGAGUGGGUAAACUGAAUUUAGACUGGACAAAUCCUGAUCAGUCGUCUGAAAAGGAAAAUGAAGCCUUUGAACGAGCAAUGGCUCUGGCUGGCAGUGAGUUUUUGGAUUGUCUCCGCAACCUAGCCCGUUCAUGGCUACCAGCUCGAGCAAUUGUGAUUAAAUGUCUUGAAGAAAGAUUUGAUGUUGAUCCCUCUGGAGAAAUUAUGGUCUUAAAUAACUUUUGUCCUUGGAAGCUUCAUCUAUUUGAGCUCGAAGAAGAGAUGAAGAUCAGCCCACCUAUUAAAUAUGUGCUUUAUCAGGAUGAUCGAAGCAAAAGUUGGAGAGUGCAGGCAGUAGCGGUAGCACCGGAUAGAUUUGAGAAUAGAAAGGGGCUACCUAGUCAGUGGCGUGGUUUGAGAGACGAAGAACUGUCUAAGGAGUCUGGAAUUGCUGGCUGCGUUUUUGUUCAUAUGAGUGGGUUUAUUGGUGGAAAUCACACUUAUGAGGGUGCACUCGCUAUGGCUAAAGCUGCCCUUAGGCUCUGAUUACUAGAAACAAUUAAUUAUUCAGACUUUAUUUAUUUACACAUUGUUUUUCUUUUCGUUACAAUGUAAGUUAAGUACAAACUUCACUUUCUGUGAAGAUUUUUGUCUGGAUCGCUUACAGGAUUUUAGUGAGGCUGGUUUUGGUUCGCUACAUUGGGAGAAAAGGAGGAAACGCCAUCAUGAAAAUAUUAUUUUCUCAAUUAACAACAGUUAUGCAUUAACUC